AUGCAAUUUUGGCUUGGCUGGCCACUGUGGCAGAAAUUGAGCUUUGUGCUCGCAUGUCUUUUGGCAUUGGUGUUGCUGUACUCCUUCGGCGUCCUUGCAUACAACAGACAGGCGAUGAAGAAAUAUGCCGCAGCCGAAGCACGCCAAAGGGCUGAAAUGCAACCUAUGUUGACCGAAACGAGCGAGAUACCAUUCGGUGCCAGAGCCCUGGAGAGGGGGAUCCAAGUGGAAGGUAUAUGGACACCGGAAUGUCGCUCAGCGAGACAGUCCGUCGUCCUGUCGGGAAGCGAACCAGCGAGCAUCAUUUCAGCGCCAGCCUUGGUACCCUCACUGUCGCCCAGUAAUAUCCAGGGACCCGAGCGAGUGUAUCAACCGGUGUCAAUACCUAGUAUUUUCGAACCGCACGGCUCUUCCAAAGUCCCAGAUAUCGAGCACGGACGGCCUGAAAAUACAUAUGUCCCGCGAACAAGCCGAUCGUUCCAGCUGGAUAGCCGGGGAAAUAAUGAACUGGAUUGCUUGGCUGUCCCUGACAAACGUCGAUCCAAAGGUUGGUUUGGCGCUCGAGGCUCGUGGGUCAAAAAACCAUUUGAGGGCUAUAAGAGGAGGCCGGCACUUGAUGGACACCGUCGGACUUCAUCCGAAAGCUUCAGAAGAAGGAUCAGCAAGCUGAUUGACGAGAAUAUCCGAACAAACCCCGCAGAAAUAUACCAGUUAAAUGCGAUUAACCAGGAGGCCGUUGGGAGUCAUAGAACGCCGUUGCAAACCACCUGAGAGCAUGCGAUCUUCUUACAUCCUUUUACGACAAACCACGACCGAGUAGGUUAGCUGUAUUGCAAGGCAAUUAGCUUCUGGGUCUGGAAAUAGAAGCAAAGGUUCACCCUGGGUAUUGCCGCUUGUUGGAUAUGAGUUAGGAACGGGUCAAAAGCCGCCAUGGUGAGAGUGUGUAGUCCUCAUUUGGAGUGUGGAUGCAUCGGGGCGCGGACAGCGUGUACUCAUUUUGUGAUACAGACCAAGCCAUGUCUUUUAUAUGCUAUUUAAUAGCGUGGUUUUGAUUUGGCACAGGAG